GAAGCAAGUGGUUUUCAUUCUUGCGUUGGUGGCAGUGUGCCACUGCAACCUGUUUGCAUCAGAAACACUACUCAAACUCUCCGACAUCCUUAAAGCAAUGAACCUUGAGGAGAUGGUGCAAAGCAGUACGGCUCACAAAUUUGGUGCAAGUUUCUUCAAGUACUACUCUGACGACCUCCUCCCUUUACAGUUCCAACUGUGGAAAGAGCACGCUGGUCGAGACUACGAGAGUAGCGAGGAGCACUCUGAGAGGCAAGGAAUCUGGUCCAAGAACGUGAAGCUCAUCCACGAGCACAACCAACAGAACAAGUCCUACUCUCUUGCUAUCAAUCACCUUGGUGACUUGACUCACGAUGAGUACAAGAACAUACUGUUAGGAACAAAGAUUAACAUGAAAGGAAAGAUGCCACUGGGAGGAAUACGAAUACCAUUUGUUCCGAACCUACCUGCAUCAGUAGACUGGAGAGAUCAAGGCUACGUUACACCCGUCAAGAACCAGGGACAAUGUGGAUCAUGCUGGUCCUUCAGCAGCACCGGAGCAAUGGAGGGAGCACACAUGAAAAAACAUGGAAGUCUGGUCUCACUCAGCGAGCAGAACCUUGUGGAUUGUUCUGGAAGCUAUGGCAACUAUGGUUGUAACGGGGGCCUCAUGGACAACGCUUUCCAAUAUGUUAUUGAUAACGGCGGACUAGACUCUGAGACUUCAUAUCCUUAUCAGGGAGAGGAGCUGACAUGUGAGUACAAUGCAAAUACCACCGCAAUAAAACUAGUAUCUUUCUCUGACGUUGCACCUGGUUCUGAGGAAGCACUGAAGGCAGCAGUAGCUGGCAAUGGACCUGUUUCUAUCGCUAUUGAUGCGUCACAUUACUCAUUCCAGUUCUACAAUGAAGGUGUGUAUGAUGAACCAGCAUGCAGCAGCGAACAGCUCGACCAUGGAGUUCUGACUGUGGGAUACGGGAGUUCAGAUGACGGCCAGGACUACUGGAUUGUAAAGAACUCGUGGAGUGAGAACUGGGGAGUUGGAGGUUACGUUAUGAUGUCCAGGAACAAGGGGAACCAGUGUGGGGUCGCUUCUGCUGCUAGCUUCCCCAUCGCUGUUUGAUCAUGUGACACGAGACCUGAUCACGUGAUACGAGACCAGAUCACGAGAUACGAGACCUGAUCACUGAUCACGUUAAGGAUUCCUGUAAUGACUCAAAAUGACUCUACUGCCAAGAUACUGUAUCAUAUGACAUAAUUUAUAUUUUUAUAAUAUAUCAAAUUAAGGUUAUUCUUUGAUUCGGAUUAUGAUUCAUUUUCGAGAAAAAAGGAUCUUACAUUAGGGGUGGGCACGGAUAGCAAUAUUUUUGGGUGAUGUCAUGAAUUUUUAAACGGCCCUGUUUUUUGGGUAAAGGGACCUCCAAAAUUAAAAAAUAACUUGGUUUGGGGUCAAAAAAGCCCAAAAUAAAUAUUUCCCGCUCCGUUUUCGGUUAGCGGGAGGGUCAUUUUUGACGUUUUUGACUAAAAUUGGCUUUAUUUAAUUCAUUUUCACCUUUUACACCUCAUUGUUACCCAUGAUUGUGAAUCAUUAUUGACAAACCAGGUAGGGUGAAUGAUUUCAGCCAUCUAAAAAUUUUCUGAAGAUCCCCAGGGUGCCUGUAUCCAUGGAAACGGGUCGUUUUGAAAAAAAAUUAAGCGAAAUCAGCCAAAAUGUUUGUUUUUACCCUUUUUUGCCACUCUAAGACUUUUAACAUGGCCAAAAGUAUCCAGAAAGACCAUUAUUGUACAUUGUAACUUGUAUAUCAACUAUAAUAGGUAUAAAAACAUGAUGUUAGGUGUUUUAGUGGUAUUUUUGGGCCUUAGCAACGCCUAGCAACGGGGCGUUUUAGGCAUUUUAGAGGUUAAUACAUGUCAUUUUAAUAUCUUACACUCUAUUGUUACUAAUGAAUGUUGAUUAUUAUUAACAUACCAGGUAGGGUUGAUGAUUUCAAGCUUCCAGAGCUCAUCUGGAGGCAUAUUGGGUGCCCGUAACUGUGGAAACUCGUCUUUUUUACGAAAAAUUGAGAUUUCAGUGAAAAUUAGGGUUUUUUAUAACUUUAUGAAUUAUGAUCCAUAAAUAUUAUACUACGUAGUUAUCCUUUAUAAACCCUAUGACAGUUGUGUAUUGGGAGAUAAAAUGGUAACUAAUGUCUAACACUUCAGGGAGAUAAGUUUUCCCACUAUUUAGGCCCCUAGCAACCCAUAGCAACGACGAUUUACAUGCAAAAAAAGGCAUAAAAUACCACUAUUUGACCCAAAACUGCUGAAAAUUGACCUGGGUCAUGGUAACAACGGUUUAAAACAGUAAAGUGACUACAAUUAAACUAUUGAUGUUAGGGUUCCUCACUAUGUAGGGCAUAGGCCCAUAGCAACCAAUAGCAACACCUAGUUACGUGACACGAGUAAAAACUAGAAUGUCAAAUUUUCAACAAUUGUUCAAUUUUAUGUUACAAUAUCAAAUAAACUAUUUUAG